AUGCAUUUAACUAGAUCUGUUGAAAUACUUACAAAGGUCAACGAAGAACUUAAGAAUGAUAUUAAUAAUUUGAAAAUCUCGUCUUUGAGUAACUUCGAGCAUUUAAAAAUUAAAACUGAACAAGUAUUGGAAAAAAUAUUUUUAGAAUAUUUUUUUAGAAUACCCAUUGAAGAAUAUUUUGAAAAGAAGGAAAAAGAACCAUAUCUAGUUGGUAUAAACAUUCCAGAGAAAUCUACGGAUGAUGAAUCUGCUAUUGCUGAUAGGCUUUUAGCAGAAAACAUUGUAGUUGCCGCUGGGUUCAAGACUGAAUUCAUUAAGGAGGUUCGUCGACAUGGAAGGAAGGGGACAGGCAGGCCACGAGUACUUAAAAUUCGUUUCGAAGAUAAGCAUAUGGCCAUGUCUGUUUUGCGUAACAAAGAUGUGCGCUCGAUCGUUCCCCCUGGAAGUUUUUUGCGAAAAGAUCUGAUGAAAAGAGAAUUAUUGCUAGAUAAACAGCUGCGAAAAGAAUGUUAUACACGAAAUCAAAGUCUCAAUCUGAAAAAACUUUUACUAAUUGAUAAUCCAAAUAGUAUUUUCUGUAAUCCAAAUAGUAUUAUCAAUGAAACGUGGUUGGAUGACUCUAUUGAUAAUCGCGAACUAAACUUUGACGGCUUUGUAGUAUCACGCAAGGAUAGAACAAUAAAUAAUUCAAAUAUUCGUGGAGGUGGGCUUAUCAUGCUUAUUCCUGAUUAUUAUAAAUUUAUAACCUUCGAUGAUUAUGUUUGCUCCUCUGUAAUCUUUGAUAAUUAA